UCCCGAGACUCAGAUGCCGCCUAGCCCGUUAGAACUUUAUCACAAGCUGCAUUUCAAUGCCACGAAACAAGGAUGGCUAAAUGAAAAUUCACGUAUUGAAUAUGAAAACAUCAUUGCACAUAAGCAGGAAGCCUUGGAUGAAUUAAAUUCUAAAGGAAUAACAAUUACCACUACUAUGGAGCAUCAACUUGAGAAAGAAGCCAUAAAAAGUGUUUGUGGUAGGAAGAAAACAAUACAAUCAGCAUGGGAGGUUGGUGUUGGGCCCGUGUUGAGGAAAAAAGAUAGUUGGAUGAAAUCGGUAGCUGAAUCAUCUCAACGAGACUCAAGUGAGAACGAAAGUCUGAGAAAUAAGGUUAUUGCACUUGAGGCGAAACAGAAACGAGAUAAGGAGAAAUAUGAAAGAAUGUUUGAGUUCAUUGGCACAAAGUUUCCAGACUUUGAAAGCACAAUACCCAUAGAUGCAAGUGUUGAAGCUAUUAGUGAUAAUACAAUUUAGGUAGUUAGUUAUGAUGUUUAUUAUCUUUUUUUAUCUAGUACUCUUUUAAACUUUAGAACCGAUUAUUUGGUGUUAUUU